CAUGUCCGAGAAGCAGCGCUCCGGCCACUGCUGCGCUCCGCUCCACUUAGUUCCCCCUUUCUCCCCCCUCUUGAUCACAUUUUGCUUCGGUUGUGAGAAACAGAGGAUCCCUCGGAUCCCAACUCAAGAUCUCGAAGCCCCAGCUCUGCAGUUGUCUCCCAGGCUUGCCAGAGAUCUCUGUCCUUUUGGUUUACUAAGGUCACAUUGAGCCAUAGAUGGCAAUCACAGGUACCCAAAAUCCUGUAUCUGGUGAAAGUACCUGUGGAUCUUUGCUGCAGCAGUUGCAGCUAAUCUGGGAUGAAGUUGGUGAGAGUGAAGAGGAACGUGAUAAAAUGCUUCUUCAACUAGACCAGGAGUGUUUGGAUGUCUACAAGAGGAAAGUUGAUCAUGCUUCAAGGUCAAGGGAUGUCCUUCUGCAGAGCUUGGAUGAUGCGAAAGCUGAGCUUGCGAGACUUCUUUCUGCCCUUGGAGAAAAGACCAAUGUCAACACUCCUGAGAAGUCAUCUGGCACAAUCAAAGAGCAGUUGGCAGCUAUAGCACCAGCAUUGGAACAGUUAGGCAAGCAGAAGGAGGAGAGGAUGAAGGAGUUUGCUGAUGUACAGUCGCAAAUUCAGAAAAUAUGUGGUGAAAUUGCUGGCAAUUUAAAAAUUGGAGAACUGGUGGGGACACCUACAGUUGAUGAGGAUGAUUUGUCCUUGAAAAAGUUAAAUGAGUACCAAACCCAACUUCAAGAACUUCAAAAAGAAAAGAGUGAUAGGCUGCACAAAGUUCUUGACUUUGUAAGCACAGUACAUGAUCUCUGUGCUGUAUUAGGGAUGGAUUUAUACAGUACUAUAACUGAAGUUCAUCCCAGCUUAGAUGACUUUCUUGGUGCGCAAUCCAAGAGCAUUAGUAAUGAUACCUUAUCAAAGCUUGCUAGGACAGUUGUAGCACUUGAAGAAGAUAAAAAGAUGAGACUGCAAAAGCUUCAACAAUUAGCAACUCAGCUUUCUGAUCUUUGGAAUCUGAUGGAUACCCCUAUGGAAGAACGGAGUCUGUUUGAUCAUGUGACCUGUAAUAUAUCUGCUGAAGUAGAUGAAGUCACUGUGCCAGGAGCUCUUGCCCUUGAUCUGAUUGAACAAGCUGAAGUUGAAGUUGAAAGGUUAGAUCAGCUAAAGUUCAGCAAGAUGAAGGAAAUAGCUCUAAAGAAACAAAGCGAACUCGAAGAUAUUUAUGCCCGUGCUCACAGAGCAAUUGACUCAGUGGCUGCCCGGGAGAGAAUAAUCGCUCUAAUUGACUCGGGAAAUGUCGAACCGUCAGAAUUAAUAGCUGACAUGGAUAAUCAUAUACUGGAAGCCAAAGAAGAGGCCUUGAGCAGAAAGGAAAUAUUAGAUAAGGUAGAGAGAUGGAUGUCAGCAUGUGAAGAAGAGAGCUGGCUAGAAGACUACAACCGGGAUGAAAACAGGUAUAGCUCAGGCAGAGGUGCACAUUUAAACCUCAAGCGUGCAGAAAAAGCUCGUAUUUUGGUUAAUAAAAUUCCAGCUCUUGUUGAUACUCUGGUGGCAAAGACCAGGACAUGGGAAGAAGAUCGUGGCUUGUCCUUCAUGUAUGAUGGUGUUCCACUUCUAGCAAUGCUAGAUGAAUAUGUUGUGCUCAGGCAUGAAAGAGAGGAAGAGAAACGGAGAAUGCGGGAUCAAAAGCGUUUCCAUGAGCAACUAAAUACAGAACAAGAGUCUCUCUUUGGUUCAAGGCCAAGUCCAAACCGACCUCCUGGUCCAAAGAAGGUUGUGGGCCCUCGUGCAAAUGCAGGUGCAUCAAAUGGCGCUGCCAGUCGAAGAUUAUCCCUGAACACCAAUCAGAGUGGAAGCAAUGGUUCCAGAUCCACAAGCAAGUCCAAAUCACCACGGCCGGUGGCUCCGGCAAAUUUUGUGGCCAUUGCAAAAGAGGAUGCAGUUUCCUUUGUGUCUAGCAGUGAGCCAGUUCCUGCUUCACCAUGACUUCAACCAAAAUGUAUGAUAUAGGUAGCUUAUGCGAGUAAGAUCAAUAAUAGCAGUUUGUGUAGUUGGUUGAUGUGUGUUAUGUAAUGGAGGAGAGUAAUUACUAACUGGGUGAAGUUGUUCAUUACUCUGCAUGAGAGGUUUUUAAUAAGUCAUCCUUUACGGGGAGGCUCUGUUUGUUCUCAAACUUCUAAUUGAUGACUCUACAUAAUUAUAAUGGAUUAUUUAAUUUUCUUAGUCUCA